CGCAGCGUAGUAGCCAUUCGAUCGUUGAGUGCGAAUGGCGUGCCGCUGCUAUGCUCCUUCGUUUUAUUCUUUUUUCGCGCAUAAUCAGCAGGCAAAACCAGAACUCUCGAUUAAAUAAGUUCGUUGCAUAAACGUCUACGAUCUUACAGUUCCGCUCAUACAGACAGUUUUACGCUGACAAAAGUGCUGUAUCUAAAUUAGUGUGAAAAUUUGAUAAACAUGGUGUACGUCAUCGUCUUGUCGGUGAUAGCCGGCGCUUUGGGCCUUUAUUACUUCCUCUUCAAGGACCUGAACUUGUUCAAAAAACAUAACAUUCCGCAUAUCAGGCCACUGCCUUUGGUAGGUAACAUGGGAGCGGUGUUUGCGCGCACGAAAUCUGUGGCUACGCUCAUUAAGGAAGUGUACGACGCGUAUCCCGAGGCCAAGUAUACCGGCAUGUACGACUUAACUAAGCCGGUGGUGGUGCUGCGUGACACUGAGCUCAUCAAAUCCAUUGCACUGAAAAAUUUCGAAAUGUUUCCGAAUCACCGCACUUUCGUCGAGGAACAUCAAGAUCCACUGUUCUCCAACAACCUGUUCUCUCUGCGAGAUGACAGAUGGCGAGAGGUGAGAGCUGUACUGAGUCCAUCCUUCACGUCCAGCAAGAUGAAAGGUAUGUUCAAGUUGAUGUCGGAUUGCGCCACUGAUUUCGGUAAAUUCGUGGCGGAAUUGCCGCCGGAGGAAAAGGUAAUGGAGAUGAAGGACAUCUUCACGAGGUACACCAACGACGUAAUCGCCACCUGCGCCUUCGGCGUCAGCGUCGAUUCCAUGCGUAACCCGAAAAACCUUUUCUAUGUGUACGGCAGAGAAGCCACUACUUUUGACACUAUCAUGGUCAUGAAAUUAUAUAUAUUCAGAAGCCUACCGUGGCUGGCGAAGAUAUUCCAAAUGAAGUUCAUUCGCCCGAAGAUCGCGAAUUUCUUCCGAGAGCUUGUGGAAACCACUAUUAAGACCAGGGACGAGCAAGGUAUCGUGCGGCCGGACAUGUUGCAACUGAUGAUGGAAAGUAGAGGAAAGAAGGAAGGUAGAAAAGAUCUAACUAUCACCGACAUGACUAGCCAGGCCUUCAGCUUCUUCUUCGGUGGCUUCGACAGUACCUCGACAUUAAUGUGUUUUGCCGCGCAUGAAAUCGCAGUUAACCGUGACAUUCAAAACAAGCUGCAGGACGAAAUCGACAAGGUCCUGGAGGAUACGAAUGGUGAGUCGCCGUAUGACAUGGUCAAUAACAUGGAAUACAUGGACGCUGUGGUGAACGAGGCCCUCAGGAUGUACCCGAUCGCCGUAUUGAUGGAUAGAGUAUGCAAGAAGGAUUUUGAGUUGCCGCCGACGUUACCAGGCAUGGAGCCCUUCACCGUGAAGAAAGAUCAAGUCAUUUGGAUACCGACUUACGGACUCCAACAUGAUCCAAACUACUUCGAGGAGCCAGAAAAAUUCAAACCUGAACGGUUUCUCGGAGAGCAGAAGAAACAUAUUUUCAACUCGGGAGCUUAUCUACCAUUCGGUUUGGGCCCUAGGAUGUGCAUAGGUAACCGAUUCGCCCUGCUAGAAACGAAGGUGUUACUCUUCCAUCUGCUGGCACGUUGCGACCUGCUACCUUGCGAAAAGACGUCAAUACCGCUCGAGUUGGCCAAGGAUAGCUUUGUUAUGAAACCUAAGGGAGGAUUCUGGCUGAAAGCGAUAGCAAGGGAAAAACCCCAUCCCACCGUCAGAGUUAACGACGUUAACAGCGCGCAGAAAUUGUAAAGAAAUUUUUAUUGAUUGUUCAUAUGUAAAUGUUAUGAUGAACGGUUGAAGAGUCAUGUAAAUGGUAUAAGUGACAUUGCGAAAUAAAAUACAUUCUAAAUAUUAAUACAUUUUCCUCAAGAGAAAUAUGAAAAAAUUAUAAGCAAAAAUAUUUGAAAUUUUAAUAAUUAUUGCUCUAUGAAAAGUCAUUACAUAAAUAUAUUUUUCUUUUUGUUUCAUGGUAAAAAAAGCUUUUAUUGGAUUUCUGCUUUAAAGCAUUCUUUAUUUCCUUAAUUUUUUGAUAUCACAUUUUUUAAGCGAUUUAAAAAUGGCCGGGUUUAGAUACUCCUUAUUUCAGAAUUUCAAAGUUACUUCUCAAAUAAAUAACUGUUGUGAUUAAUUGUACAAACAUAAUACAAGUAAUAUUUUUCUAUGUAUUAAUAGCCGCUACGAUUCUGUUAAUCGUAUAUUUUCUUUUAUAGUAAUCAAAAUACUCAAUCAAAAUGUUUUGUAAUAAUCAAAAUACAAACAUGCAGUAAUAUAAUAUUUUGUAUUUUUACUGGUUUCAAGUGUUUAGUAUUGUAAGCGUUUAGUAUUGUAAGUUUGUAUUGUAAGUGUUUAGUAUUGUAGAAAAUCAUAUAUAAAAUUUAUGUCUGAAUUAGCAAUUACUAAAUCUCCGCGAGAACAUCCGCAGCUCUUCUGUUAGUCUUAAAUUAUUGGUCAACGUCGCUGAACUUUAUUCAGUCACGAUAGAAAAUAUUGAUACACAAUUUAUACUGGUUUAAUACUUCGUUCACGAUAUGUCGAAGGUAUUAACACAAAAAAAUCUCGAAAAUUUACCUUGCUAUUAUUAAAUCACUUUCUCUUAUUUCUUAAAUAAAAUUUUGUUCCGAUUUUAACGAGAAAGAAAAAACAUUGGACUAAUAUCAGUAAAUACGUAUAUUAGAAUAAGAUAACAAUCUAUAAUAUAAAAUACAUGUUAAAUA